UUAUAAUUUUCUAGCCAUAUUCAAUGUGAGAUUUAAAGAUGAGUUUAUUAUGUAACUCCCGUCAAUUGAAUCUGAAAAGACACAACUACGAAAAACAGGUCACUGCAUUUAUCAAGGGACACGUAUUUCAAGUCCAGAUUAAAAAUAAAUUCUUUUGAAAUGUGUGUUUAUAGUGUCAUGUGAUUGGUUGAUAGUGUUAGUUGUUUCGAAGAUGUUUCUCUGAUAUUCCGUCAAUAAGGACGAUACAAUUAACAAAGGAUCUAGUGAGAAGAUAUUUUGUGACAGUCGACAGUCAGAAACUUGCCGACGGUGUAGCUACAGCUGUGGUACAGUCAGUGAUAAGAUUUUGUACCUCUCUAACAUGACCAUGGAGAACAAGGCAGUUGAUAUUGACCGCGUUAUGGCAGAUGAUGAACCGUGUACAAUGGAGACCACACGGAUGAGGCCUUAUCUGGAUAUCUGGGAUAACGACGACAAAUGCUCAGUGGCAAACUCUCAAGUGCCACUGAAUCCUGCGGACGAUGCAACGUCACACGGAUCAGGGCUGACAGAGCCUGAACCUGAGCGAGGCAACUGGACGGGAAGAUUCGACUUCCUGUUGUCGCUGCUUGGCUACAGCGUGGGCCUCGGCAACGUCUGGAGGUUUCCAUAUCUCUGCUACAACAAUGGCGGGGGUGCAUUUCUCAUCCCAUUUACAAUAAUGCUUGUGAUAGCCGGAUUGCCACUCAUGUUUAUGGAAUUAUCCUUCGGCCAGUAUGCGAAUCUGGGUCCUGUAGCAAUCUACAAGAAAUUCUGCCCUUUAUUUCAAGGUCUAGGCUAUGGCAUGGUCAUCGUGUCUGCCAUUGUGAUGCUGUAUUACAAUUUAAUCAUUGCGUGGACCCUGUUUUACAUGUUCGCGUCCUUCAACAGCGUUCUACCCUGGCAGAAGUGUGAAGAAUGGAGCACAGUCCACUGUUAUUCGUACGAAGAAGCUGAUGAGUGUGCGGCCAAGAACGGGACGUACUACCGCCGACAGUGUUACCAGGCAACAGAGGCUGCCCUGAAGAACAUCACACAGCAAGCAGACCAGGAAAUGAGGAGACCUCCAGCCGAGGAAUACUUCUCGAGAAGGGUCCUGGGUCUGUCAGCUGGGAUUGAAGAGACGGGAGAAAUCCGACUGUCCAUGGCGCUGUGUCUUCUGUUAGCGUGGAUAAUUGUGUUUCUGUGCCUCUCUAAGGGGGUACAAUCAUCGGGAAAGGUUGUGUACUUCACAGCUCUGUUUCCUUAUGUUGUUUUGGUGAUACUGUUCGUGCGGGGCGUGAGUCUUCCAGGGGCAUCCACAGGCAUCCUCUUCUACCUCACUCCAGACUGGCAACGGCUUGCCAACGCCCAGGUAUGGGGAGAUGCAGCUGUUCAGAUCUUCUUUGCUCUAAGCCCAGCUUGGGGAGGGCUAAUUACUUUGGCUUCCUAUAAUAAGUUCACAAACAACUGUUACCAAGAUUCCCUGAUUGUUGCGAUAUCCAACAUUUUGACCUCAUUCUUUGCCGGACUUGUGAUUUUCUCUGUGAUUGGUUUCCUGGCCCAUGAGCUACAAGUGGAAGUGAAGAAAGUGGUGGAUCAAGGGGCAGGUCUUGCUUUUAUUGUAUACCCAGAAGUGGUAACUCGAUUACCGAUCUCACCACUGUGGUCACUUCUCUUCUUUGUGAUGCUACUCACUCUUGGGCUUGACUCCCAGUUUGCUCUCAUGGAAACUGUGACCACUGCUAUACUGGACCGGUUCCCUAGUCUCCGGGACUACAAGAUAUGGGUUGUCCUCAUUGUAGCCAUGUUUGGCUACUUUGGAGGACUUAUCUUCACCACAAAUAGUGGAAUGUACUGGCUUCAGCUGGUGGACAAGUACGCUGCCAACUGGUCAGUUCUACUGAUUGCAAUUGCAGAAUGCAUUCUCAUUUCAUGGGUGUACGGUGCAAACCGGUUCCUUAGGGACAUCCAAGAUAUGAUUGGUCAGAAGUCAUGGAUGUGGAUGUUCUUUUGGACAUGGAUGUGGAAACUCAUUACUCCUGCAGCUCUUUUGUUCAUCCUCUUCUUCAAUUGGGUUGAAUAUGCACCUGUAAAAUAUGGAGACUAUGAGUAUCCCAUUUGGGCUGAUGCUGUUGGUUGGGUGAUUGGUGUCUUCCCUGUUUGUAUCAUCAUUAUUAUGGGUGCCUGUAAACUUUCAACAGCACCAGAAGGUACACUUAGUGAGAGAGUUCGAUUCCUGUGCCAACCAAAAUCUGGUUGGGGGCCUGCAAACCGUCGAAAUAUGAAUCCCCUAACGUCAUACGAAAGUGUCCGCAACACAAUCGUGCUGGUGAACGGGCUCCCUGUGAUUCAAGAGAGCCAUGCUGACUCUGACUCACUGGAAGACAACAGACUCUGAGAAUGGGCCUCUGGCCGGGGCUACAAUCUGCAUAUGCCUCAGGAGCCUCAGACGCUGCUGCAGCAGAAGCCCGGUCCAAGUAUACUCAAGAAUCCAGGAGGAACCAAAACUACCAAAGAAGAAACUUGCAGUGAGAAGGUAAAUGCAACAGAUGUGAGUGCAAAGCAGGUUAGUCCUAUCAGACCCCAGUUAUUUACUUAUUUUCUCCUUCUACUUUAUCAUCCUCCUCCUCCUCCAUCCUUCUCAUUCUUAAGCUGUGACCUCCCCCUUUCAUCAUUUUACAGUUCUUCUCUUCCUUAUGAUCAUUUCCAUUCCUCUUCUAAAUCUCCUACAUUAUUCAUACUUCUACUCAACAUCUCACAACCCUAUGGGCCUUCAUGGCCUGUUACAGGGACAGCUUUACUUACUUUUUUACCAUUACUUCUACUGCAACUGCUACUGUUACUAUUCUAUUACUGUUAUGUUGCUACUACUAUUACUAUUACUGCUGCUGAUAAUUUUUUUCCACCUCUCCCUUGAUCUUAUUCUUCUUAACCUUCUUUUUCAUCAUCACCUCCCUCUCUGCUCCUGCUUCUUCAACUUCAACAACUGUGCAAUAAAAAUUUGAAAAGGCUAUUACAAUGAUCAUAAAUAUGCAUGUAUGACUUGAAACUUUCAACAUAAUUUCUAAAAAUGUUUUAGUUGAACACGUUGUUUUGCAUUUGUAUUUAAACAGUUUUAAAGUUUAUCAUAAAUUUCUGUAAUGGCGAAUUUAUGGUCGGUAUCAAGAAUUUUAUGGUAAUUUCUUAUAAUUUCUGAAGGAUUAAAUUCUAUAAUCCUAACAUGUGUAACACAGGGGUACACUGUUACUGCUAAAAUACAUGUCACUAGUUAAAUAUAUCAGCAAAAUAUAUAAUCAAUUGUAUUAACAAAAAAUACAAAUUAUUAAUCAGGUGGAGAAUGCAACAACGAAGGAAAGGCAAGUGAAAGACAUGAGUGGGUCAGCUGCCAAGACAGAACAAGCCAAUAUACUACAAGGGGCUCAGGAAGAAAGGAGCAACAUUAAGUAAUGAAGAAUUAACAGUGAGAGCAACAUAAGUCGAGGCUACAAGUCAUGGGCACUCCAUGUGAUUGGCUGGCCUUCAGAAAUACGGAAGCUGAAGCUUUUCUCCAUCCAAUCAGAUUUACAUAAAGCUUAGCGCCAACAUGUAUGAAUGUGGUGACAGAAAUAAGUAUGAUGGCCAAAACAUUGUAGUUAGCUAGAAUGGGCUGAUGUAUAGGUCAAUAUGUAUGUAUACAGAAUGUCACAAUUCUUGCAUAGUAUGACAGCGGUAGCAAUCAGAGAGCUCUAUAACUGUUAUAAAAUCAAAGUGACAUAUUAGGACUGUGAUAUGUAUAUUUAAUGAUGGUUUUAACAUUUAUAAGUUACAUUCCAUAAAAUAUGUACAUAAAAUUGCCUGCUUCUUUGUUUAAUCCUGCUUGAAGUUGACUAAAUUAUAUUUAAAAAUUCAGUUCCUACCUCACAGGGAAUGCUAUCUCUGUUACAAAACUAACCGGUUAAUACUCUUCAGGAAAAUGAUCGUUGUUUAUUAUGAGAAUUAUAUGAAAUGUGUACACUGUGUGAGCAAAACAUGGUGUUUUGUACAUUGAAGUCAGUGAUACAUAUCAUACCCACAAUCCUUCAUAGGGUUAAAAUCUUCAAAUUUCAUUUGAAAUGCUAUUUUGGUGAAUAAAGUCAUGAUAAAUCUGUAACCUCUUCAUAUGAGUGGGUUUAUUAAGAUAACAAGUUAAAAUUAUAGGCAAACAUGUUAAAAUUGCACAUUUUAACAGCUUUAAAAUGAGGAACUGAAUUUUUAUACCCAUAUAUCUUCUUAUUAAUUAUGAGUACAUUAAAACUCAGUAAAUUAAAAUUAUAGUUUAAAUACUGGGAAGGAAAAUUCAGGUAAAGUUAUCCAUGCCCUGACCACUGUCUCCCCAUGGAAACAUCCCCAAUACUCAAUGUAUACAGCUACCUCUGGUGAAGGUCUGCAUGCAAUGGCGAAAGGAAAGUUUCUUGCCCCUGCUGAGAAUCCAACUCCAGUCAUUCAGAUCAUAGCCUAGUUCAUACAAAAAAUACAUUAUUUAUAUAAUUGGGCUUGAGGCGUUUGGAUACAAGAAAAUCCACUAUGGAUGGGAUAAUUUCUGGGAAAUCAGCAUCUAAUGUUACAUUAAGAAAACAGAACACUUUCAUAAUCCACUCCUCAGUCCAUUUUAGUGUUAUACUGAACAGUUCUGUAAGCUGAAGAAAAUAAAGAAGCAGGCAGAGAUAGGUAUGCAAUACUUCAAAUAUGAUACUGAAAGAUGUCUUGGUUAAAUAUGCAUGUGCAGAAAGAAUAAUAUUCCUCAAUUAAGAGUGUCCUAAUCACAUAAGAAUCUAGUCAAUUAGGCUAACCACUGCUACUGUGUCUAAAACAUCUCUGAGGGCAUAUCAUCAUCAUAUAAUGACAGAGACUGUCAUGUCAUCAUCAGAAAGUUACUGGAUUCUAUUUGCAUCAUUACAAUGGGAACCCAAACCACUAUAACAGAGAUCUCAUUGGACACAAAGGACUUUCAUUCUGUAGGGUUGCCUACUUGCAAUAUGACAUAUCCUCAAAGAUGUUUUAUGCAAAGGUUAAUUCCUCUGAAGAUGAUAUGUUAUGUGUUCAGGCUUGAUAUGCCAAAGUGACUCAUAAAGCAUCACUAUGAAAGCAAAAUUUAAAUAACUACAUUCAUGAUAUAAUCAGAGAAACUGUUAUUCAAAACAUGGUAAAUAUGUAAAGAAAGAAAGAUCAAAGAAAUAUUUUAUGUAAAGAAAGAAAGAUCAAAGAAAUAUUUUCUGUGGUCUGAUAACAAUACUUAUAAGACUUAGACUGAAGCAUAAAAUAUUCAUGUAUGAUAAAUGCAUUAGAAACGGCAAAAAUGGUUCUUCUAGUAAUACUCUGUUACUGUUAAAUUGUAAGACUGAUAAGCAUUAUUACACAUUACCUUGGUGAUGAUAAGGGAAAUCCAGUGAACAUAACUUUAAUAUCAAAUAAUAUAUUCAUGUUUCCUGAUAAUUUAUAUCAGGGACCUGGGACAGUGACCCUGCCCCUUUCUCAAAGUCAACAUCAGUGUAGAUUAUCAUACAUGCUUGCCAACAAGUUUGCUCAGUGAUACCAAUACUCUUUAUUAUUUUAUAAAACCUUGAUGAUGAAAUGUUUAGAGGCAAAAUGAUAAUAUUAAUUUUAUUUUGAAGUCUAUCAAAAUAUCAUAUUUUUUAGAGAAACAAUUCAAAUUACCCUUGAGCUUAACUAAUGUAAAUAGUCAUUAAUUACAUGACACUAAUAUACUAAAACACUAUCUUCCUUCCCAGAAAAAUGUUCCUCCAUUACAAACAUCUAUAUUCCUUGAAACAGUGAUAUGUAAAACACUGCCAAGUUUGGCAUGCAGCUUUAACAUGUUUCAUGUCAUUCAUGAAAGCUUUUAACAUAAAUACUAUAUGUAA